GCGCCUAUAUAAACAAAUGCUGCCAACGGAUUUGCGUUUAUUCUGCAUUGUAACACCUAACGGUUAAGAUUCACCUGGCGGAGAGACGACAAAAAAACAUAUAGCCAAGUGAAAAUUAUUUAAAAAACAUUUUAAAAGAGGAACUGUAAAAAAGUACAGUUAACAUAAACAGUAAAAAGUACAGUUACAGUGUUGGAAAGUGUUAACCGGAAUUAACUUAAUCACAAAGAGAUUAAGUGCCAAGAACUUGUAUUCUCUAGAAUUUCAAAAGAAGUUUUCAAAUAAUUGGAGCGCGAUUCUUUGGAAAAAAUCAGUACAAUGCCUGUUUCCCGAUCAUCGUCGCCUGGCACUUGUGGCUGCUCCUCGGCUGUCCACUGGGCCAUUGCCAUUGUCCUCCUGUCAUUGGCGAUUGGGCCAGGAUAUGCCCUGCCCCGGCCAUCUCGGAACACGCAGUUGUUGUUCAGUGAGUUGCUGGGAGUUGGUAAUGAGGACAGUAGCAGCGGCAAUAACAUCAACAACUAUUAUGGUGAACAAUUGAGGCAACAGCAGCAGCAGCAGCGAUUGCCCUCCUUUGGCCGGAAGUGGCCAUCGUUGAGGGACCUCCUACUUACCGCCGACUACGAUGACUUUGGGGUCUCCCAGGAGAGCGAGGAGCGAGGUGUGGACACCAAUUCCCGUUUGCUGGCCAGGCUGCACAAGCUCAGCGAUAAUGGAGCUGGAGAUGAGCUGCGCUACAAUGUGGUCAAUGAGCUGACCAAUGUGCCCAGCAAGAAGGUGAUGAUGCCAGGAGGUCACUCGCUCAAGGAGCAUAACACCAAGAAGAAUGUGCAAUUUCGUAAACAAUACAUGUCACCUUGCCAUUUCAAAAUCUGCAACAUGGGACGCAAACGCAAUGCCGGCAGCAACAAUCCCUACUGAAGAGAACCCAGCAUUCACAGAAUAUAAAUAAAAAUCUACCAAAAAUACAGCCAAAAGUAAAAUAAAAAAAGUAUACAGAAAAAUAAGUCACAAAAAAAAUAUCCUGUUCAAAAUGCCAAGUAUUGUCCAAAGUUCUAAUUUUAGUUAGAUACACAUCCAAGCAGAUUUUAAUUAGAGAUUAUAAUUACAAUGUAUUUAUAAAAAAUAUG